AUGUUCGUGAUCUUCAUGGCUUCCCAUUCUUCCCUUGCCUUGGAAUCUCAACCAGAAACUCAGUUUUCAAGUAUAUCUGCUGCACCAGCAUUGCUUCCAGGUGCUCCUCUAUCUUCUUCUCCAACCUUAUCUCCAGAUAUUUCUCCUUUAUUUCCUUCUCCUGGUGGUGUGCCACUUUCUCCAGCCGAGUCAUCUCUGCCCACCAUCCCAUCAAGCCCGAGCCCUCCAAAUCCAGAGGACACAGUUGCUCCUGGACCAGGGUUGGCUUUUGCACCAUCAGGGUCUCUGCCAGUUUCCCAUUCAUCUCCUGUAACUUCAUCUCUGCCUCUGAAUGUGAUUUUGUUUCUUGGCUUGCUGGUUUGCUCGUUUGUGUAA